UAAUGAAGAAUUCACUCUGGAAAGCCACAGGCGCGUUGAAGGAAUUUCAUCCCUAAUGUAGAGAUUAGGAGACCUGUAAAAUGCAGAUUGCAUGUUCCAGAAAUGAUCAGGCGACUGCAGACCAUAGCAGUGGUUUCAAGCUGUCAUUCUGUGAUACUGUGUCUAUGUGUAUACGUGUAAUGUGAGCUUCCCUUUGGGUCUUCUUUGAUACACACUGGGUGCAUCUACACAUGCAUUAAGGUACUUUAAAUUUAGUACCUUCAAUGUGAAGUACAAAAGAAAUGUGCACUAGACUGCCUUAAUGCAGAGUAACAAAUGUUAUGAUUUUUAUAUGAUCCUUAAUGCUUAGUAACCUACUUUACUGAACAUUAGCAUAAUUGUAGUUUUGUACAUGAUGUUUUAAUGUGCAAUAUAAUAGUCUACUGCACAUUAAACCGCAUGUGUAAACGCUUCCACUGAAACCUGGUUUAAGUCACCCAGGAGAUUUGCAAAAAGUUUAAUCAGUAGAUUAAAGUCUUUAAAGUCUUCAAAUUCAGGUCAAAGAAACUGACUUGGAAACUGACAAUGGCUUUGAAAUCCAGCCAGCGCUGGGGUGUUGAGUGAGCGUGAUGGGGAAGACAGCAGAGUUCUAAUCUACUGGUGAUAAGAAUUUAUCUUAUCCUCACGCCUCUGACCUUGCACUAAUCUGAGCUGCUUUCCCUCAUGUCCCCUUGCUCCUGUCUCUUAGGUAACAUUGGGUCUAUGCAGCUUUUCUCUGCAUCUCUUGUUACAGAUCCCAGGUUAAAUCAAACGCAGUGCGGAGGGACGGUAACAAUAGCAACAAACUCCAGGCACAGCCUUCAACCUUCAGAGCCUUCUUCCUUCCAGUGCAGCCCCAGACAUAGUGCUGUGGUCUGGGCCUGUCCUCUUGGCCAGUUGAGAUGAAACAAGCUGCUGCCACCUUUGUGUUUCUGCUGCAGUGAGUGUGCACAAAAAUCUAAGCCGCAAGGAGAAAUAGCUUCUGAAAUUGGCUUUCCAGGCUUCCAGUGAGGAAGCAGGGGAGUCCUUGGCAUCCCCAGAACCUGCACUGGCCUCCCCCAACUUAGUCACCUGCAGAGGAGACAGGAGAGUUUCUUGUGUUUUGGGGGCUGCCCCUUCCCCCCCACAACAAAGUGCAGUUAUAGCCAUGUAGGCCUGGACUUGCUCUGCUCACUACUGGAUACAAGCUUCGCCAUGAGACCGCUGUGCACGUCCUUAAUCUCUCUGCUCAGCCUUUCCUGCACCAGACUGCGAGGGAAUGCCCUGGGCUGGGCCAGCACAGAGUGACACCUCUUGUUUCCCCUUGGGGGCUGCUUGGCAGAUGUCCUGGCUGUCUUGGGGCUGGAGGCUGUAAUGCAGAAGGAGUGUGAGAUCGUAGGGAUUCUGCAAGACAAGCUGAAGUACAAGGAACGGCUCCAGUACAUGAAGUACUAUUUCCCCCUCAACUACACCGUGACUGUGCAAUAUGAAGAGGUGCUCAGGACAUCCAAUGUCAGCAGGCUGCGAGAUGAGGCCAUCACGGAGCCAUCACUGCGGUACCUGUGGUUCCAUGUGAGCUCCCAAGUGGUGCUGAAGAUCCGCGACGUGCUGCCAGAGCAACACCCAUCCUGGAGCUACACGCAGGAGCUCUGUGACCUUCUUGAGGGCCUGGGCGUGGAGUACGAGAAGUACAAGCAGGGGGAUAUGGAUAUAGUUGUUGCUGACCUGGUGAAGAGGAUUCAUGAUGCUGAGGCAGGGAGCAACAGGAAGCCUGUGAGACCCAAAGCACUGCUGGAUAACUGCGUCAAGGUCAUGAGGAUGCUGUACAGCACUCCAUGGUGGACAGUUUUUCUGCUGUAACAAAAUGUCCAGUAGAAGACUGUGCAGACUGAAUAGCAAGAGACAUCCCCAGUCCUCCCCUGUGACCAGGAGCUGUGCCUUCAUAGACAGUGAAGUGCUUUCCCAAGAAAAAUCAUUUAGAUGAGGGAGCCCUUUCACCACACAUCUGCACAAAAACCCCACUGGAAAAUUAUCAGAAUUUCCCAUGGGUUGGGGCAGAAAUUCCAGUUUUCAGUCAGCUGCAGCAAUAAUAAAGCCAGUGAGGGCUGUGCCUCUUUUACCUGACUGACAUGCUGUAUUCUCCAGGUCUUCCACCAACAUCCUCCUCCAUGCUGCUGGGAUCACCAGGCUUCAGAUUUUCACUAACAUCCAUUCGAUGUUGAGCUCUUCUCCAGGCUAGCUGUUUACAGCCGGGGAGCUCUGUGUCCUCACAGCUGUCCAGGCUCUGAACCUCUCCUUUUCCUGCUUCAUAGAGGAGUUCAAGCCAGAAUGAAGACCCAUGUGCAGGGCAUUGCUCUCUGCAUGUCCAGAUCCUCCUACCACAGACAGCACACAGGGGCAGAGUUGCAAUUGAUAUUAUUUCCCUGGGGGAACCUUUAUGGGCACAUGCACUGCUGCCCAUUAAUUCUCAGUCAACCCCAAUCAGCCAGUGGGGUGAGAAUGAAGCCACUAUCCUACAAGACGUACCUCCUUUGGGUCCCAGAUGGUGGGGUUUGUUCUCUGAGGCCAAGGUUGGCCACUGCUCUGGUACUGGUCUCCAGUUAAGACACACCCAGGCGCAGGGGCUUAUCUCUGGUCCCUGUCUCACUGCAAGCCUGCAAAACUGGUGGGCAUCAGGGCCAUGGGUGCUGAGCAAGGGUGCUGUACAAAAGUAGGUGCAGAAACAGUUUGGCAGUGAGAGAGGACAAAAGCAAUGGUGUAACCAUUGUCAUGACUCUGGAUGUCUUCUACUUUCCUCAGAAACAUGUGAUCACUCAAGCCUGAGUUUGCCUUGGAUCAAAAUGACCUCUCCCCAGUUAUUGUCAAUUGGGUUGAAGCCAGAAAGAUGGUUGCCAUAUCUGCCUGUGGAAGCAAGAUUGGUCCAAAAGUGGCUACCAUUGGUGAUGUGUAGGGGGUAUAUGUGGGUGCACGUGCACCCUCUGAGAUUUGUCGUGCACCCCCUGAGAUUGGCGGGGGGUUGCCACUCGCUCCCCCGCCAAUGCUGCUGGCGGCAUGUGCGGGUGGUCGCCAAUCACCACUCGGCGCUUGCCACCCCUCUCCUCACCGCUGACACUGCUGCAGCCACCUGCGGGCGGUCCUCACUCGGCCCAAUCUCGCCACUGACAUCUCCGCAGCCAACUGUGGGCGGUCCCCACUCACUGCUGCCAUGCCCCUACCGCUGCUGCUGCCUGCAGGCCCCAGUUCAUGGUGGCUGCCAUCUGCAGCUGCUAAGAAAAUGGAAGCCAUGUGCAGGGGGAAAUGACUACAGUUAGAGGGGCCUGGGAGACAGGGUCCUUGGGGGUUGGGGUACAGCUGUGAAAUGUGCACAAGGGGAAUGAGGUAGGCAUUAGGGGGAAAGAGGUGGAUGUAGGAAUUGCAGGGGAAGAUGAGUGGGAACAUUUAAGAAGGAAAAUAGGGGGCAGGGAGAAGACAAUGCUCAGAAGAGGUGGGAGGCUGAGAAAAGAAGGAUGUAAGGGCAGCAGAAGCCCCAAUAAGCAAAGAAGCCACAGGUGAGGAUAGUAAAGGAAGGACAGGAGGCUGGAAAUUCCCCUGUCAGAAACCAAAGCCUUGAGCUAAGAGGGGAAGUGGGUGGCCUGGUGGAUGCACAAGCAGGAGGAGGCAACGGGGGAGGCCUUCUCAUUCUUCCUGUGAAAGUAGGGCAAUAGCUCAGGUCUUCGUGUAUGAAUGCAUGGAGCAUGACUGGAACAGCAGAGUUGGUGGGAUAGCUCACAUGACUGGAGCAGUCAUGGAUAAACUGGAAUGCAUAAACUGUUCAGGAAAGACAGGCAGGGGAGAAGAGGGGAAGGAAUUUAAUGUAAAAUUUCAUGUAAAAGCUGUACAGCUUCAGUAUGAAAUAGGACAGGCCAGUAGAAAGUCUCUGGGUUUGGGUCAAAGAAGAGAGCAACAAGGGUGAUGUUGUGGUGGGUAUCUUCUAGAUACCACCAGUCCAGGAGGGUAAGGUGGAUGAAGCUUUCUUCAAACAGCUUGCAGAAUUUUCAGAUCAUGGGCCCUGGUUCUCAUGGGGGACUUCAAUCAUCCUGACAUCUGCUAGGAGGGCAAUACAGCAGUGCACAGGCAAUCCAAGAAGUUUUUGGAUGGGGAGAGUAUUGGGGACAAUUUCCUGGUGCAAGUGUUGGAGAGAUCAACUAGGGGCCGUGCUCUUUUUGACCUGGUAUUCACAAACAGCCAGGAAUUGAUGGGGAAUAUCAGUGCCCAAGUGCAUGGCAACUUGGGCAUCAGCAACCACAAGAUGAUUGAGUUCAGGAUCCUGAGAAAAGGAAGGAAGGAGAGCAGCAGAGUUAGGACCCUGGGCUUCAGAAAAGCAUACUUCAACUCGCUCGGGGAACUGAUGGUCAGGAUUCCCUGGGAAGCCAAACUGAGGGGGAAAGGAGUCUGGGAGAGCUGGUUGUAUUUUAAAGAAACCUUACUGGGCACAGGAAUGAACCAUCCCGAUGAGCAGGAAGACCAGCAAG